GCAAACGAAUGGCCGAGGGCAGUCUGCGCGCGUCGAGAUUGGUUGACGCAGCUUCGAGGGAGGGCGGAAGGUUUGAAUGGCUAAGGGUUGUGGCUGUUGAUUUUACUCUGAGGCUGUAAUUUCCACCGUCUGCUCUGAGGGGCGGCGAAGCCCGACCGCGGCCUCUCUGGUCGAGGAGGAGAACCGUCCUCUGGUUAAAUCUCGUCCUUUCCCCAGAAUUCCUUUAAUUCUGCUGGAGUCUUCGUUUGUGUCUGACCCCUACCUACUUCUCUUCCUCCCGAAGGCACGUCGCAGACUCCUCCCUGAGGUAAGCCCGGAGCCGGCGCCUCCAGGGAAUCGCCCGCCCGCGAACGGACUUUAGGGAGACCGGAUAGGCAGUAUCGCGAGUUAGGAGACCGGAGUUCCAGUCAGGAAUCCUAAGCUGUGUGCCUCUUAACAAGGCCAAGUCCUUUUCUCUUUAACUUCUUUAAGGCCCUGAGGCUGCCUUUCGGGAGACCUCGGAGAACAUGGCUGAGGGGGGAAGACCUGGCUCAGGAUCCAGUUUUAGGUCCAAUCAUAGGAAGAUACUAAACCUGCUCCUGGAGAGAGAGACUUCCUUUUCCAUGAGUUCUGAUCGCCCUGGAACUCCACUGAAGAAGAAACUUUUUGGCGAUUCUGCAAACCUCAGCAUUUUAUCCGGAGGAACCCCAAAACGUUGCCUUGAUCUUUCGAAUCUUAGCAGCGGGGAGAUGUCUGCCACUCAGUUUACCACUUCUGCAGACCUCGAUGAAACUGGUCACUUGGAUUCCACAGGAUCUGAAGAAAUACAGUUAGCUGGAAUGAGUUAUCACCAACACCUUUUAAAAUGCAGCCCAGCACAGCUGCUUUGUAGCACUCCAAAUGCCUUGGACCAUGGCCGCAGGAAGAAAGAUGCAAUAUGUAGCUCAUCCGAAAAUAAAGAAAAUGAAAACAACACUUCAAAGUCCUUGGAAUGGUGGGCACACAGGAACCUGCUGUUUCAGAAGAGACCAGGGGGACCUUACAUGUCUCCUCUUUCUCUAUUGGACAAUGGAAACUUGGUGGAAGGUGAAAUGAAACAUCUGGGCAGUCCCAUUACUACAGUUUCAAAAUUAGAUAAAAAUCCAGAGCGAGGAGAAGACCAGGCAGAGGAGAUUUCGGAUGAAUUGAUGGAGUUUUCUCUGGAAGAUCAGGAAGAGGCCAAGGUAUCUCUGAACACAAGCUGCCUGUAUCGCUCCUUUUCAUUGCCAGACAGUUUGAACAGUCCAGGACUGAAGCAGGUGGUAAAAUUCAAGGACCACACACUUCCAGAUAAAGUAAAAAAGAAGUAUUGUUCUAGCCAUGAAGAGCUCAGGAAGGGCUUAGGUGUAAAGAAAAUGGUCUCUCUCUGCAACAUUAAUAUGAUUCAGAUGCUGGAGGAAGAUUCUAACCAGGGGCCUCUGAUUGGUGAUUUCUCCAAGGUAUGUGCACUGCCAACCGUGUCAGGGAGACACCAAGAUCUGAAGUACGUCAACCCAGAAACAGUGGCUGCCUUGCUAUCGGGGAAGUUCCAGGGUCUGAUUGAGAAGUUUUAUAUUAUCGAUUGCCGCUAUCCAUAUGAGUACCUGGGAGGACACAUCCAGGGAGCCUUAAACUUAUACAGUCAAGAAAAACUAUGUAACUUCUUUCUGAAGAAACCCAUUAUCCCUUUGGAUACUCAGAAGAGAAUAAUCGUCGUGUUCCACUGUGAAUUCUCCUCAGAGAGGGGUCCCCGAAUGUGCCGCUCUCUGAGAGAAGAAGACAGGGCUCUGAACCAGUAUCCUGCACUGUACUACCCAGAGCUAUAUAUCCUCAAAGGGGGCUACAGAGACUUCUUUCCAGAAUAUAUGGAGCUGUGUGAACCACAGAGCUACUGCCCUAUGCAUCACCAGGACCAUAAGGCUGAACUGCUGAGGUGUCGAAGCCAGAACAAAGCAUGGGAAGGGGAGCGGCAGCUGCAGGAACAGAUUGCCUUACUCAUGAAGGAUGUGAGCCCUUAAUGUCAGAUCACCCACUGGGCCUAAGACUCACUAAAGGCACAGAAACCCUGAGCAGAAAGAGGCCAUCUUCUAUGUGGUUAUACCUAACAUUUUAAAAGAUGUCAGCAAACCAACAGGUUGCCUAACUAAUGAAAUCCCAGGCCUGGGGAUUGAUAAGGCUUCAGUAGAGCUGCUGGUCUGGUGAAAUCCUCAAGCUGGCUCUGUAAGGCUAGAGCCUUGGGUUGCGUGGACAUUUGUGUCGCUUUAGGGAGCUGUUGUGUUCCUCUUUCUAACUACUCAAGUCUUUUCAGAGGCCAACCAGAUUUUUCUCUCACUGGGUUUCUGGCUAUGCAAGAGAGAGUUGCCCAUCUUCUUUCUCUAUAUUUUCCCUCUUUGUUUCCCUCUCUCCUCUUUUUAAAUGGGAAAAUAAACAUUGCAGAAUGAGAAAUGUGAUUGUGAGCCCAGACUGCUCCUAGAAGAUGGACAAAAGGAAGUCAUCACCACACUGGACUCUUUCAUCUCUAUUCAUAAUGGCCAUAGUACUUUUCUCCAGACCAUGGUUCUCAGAGUUUGAGAAUCAGCAUCAUCUGAACUUGUUUGAAAUGCAAAUUUUCAUGGCCCAUUUCAGACCUACUAACAGAACAUCAGAGGUUAGGAGCCCAGAAAUCUGGGUUUUAAAAAUAUUCCUUUCUGGAGUUCUACUGUGGUGCAGUGAGUUAAGAAUCGACUGCAGUGUCUUGGGUUGCUGUGGAGGUGAGGGUUUGAUCCCUAGCCUGGCGCAGUGGGUUAAGGAUCCAUCAUUGCUGCACCUGCAGCUCAGAUUCAGUCUCUGGCCAGGGGACUUCCGUAUGCCAUGAGUGCAUUAAAAAUAACAACAACAACAAAAC